AUGAAGCUCCUGUCUGUUUUGGCUGCGGCGUCGCUGGCAGCCUCAGCAACUGGUGCUGCCAUUAGCCAUAAGCUAAAUGGAUUCACUCUAACGGAGCACCCAGACGCUGAGAAACGCGCUCUGUUGCAGAAAUAUGUCACCUGGGAUGAAAACUCCAUUUUUGUCAACGGGGAGCGAGUGAUGCUGUUUUCUGGAGAAUUCCAUCCCUUCAGACUUCCUGUCCCAACACUUUACAUCGAUAUUUUCCAAAAAGUAAAGGCUCUUGGUUUCAAUUGCGUCUCAUUCUAUGUCGAUUGGGCUCUGUUGGAGGGUAACCCUGGCCACUAUCGUGCCGAUGGCAUUUUUGCCCUGGACAAUUUCUUCGAUGCUGCCAAAGAGGCUGGUAUUUAUCUACUAGCUCGUCCAGGCCCCUAUAUUAAUGCCGAGGCCUCUGGAGGUGGUUUCCCAGGCUGGAUUCAGCGGGUUAACGGUACUUUACGUACCAGCUCUCCCGCAUACCUGGAUGCAACCGAUAACUACAUGGCCAACGUUGGUGCGACCAUUGCGAAGGCGCAGAUUACCAAUGGAGGCCCAGUCAUCCUGUUCCAGCCCGAGAAUGAGUAUUCUGGAGCUUGCUGUGGAGAUACCGACUUCCCAGACCCAGCUUACAUGCAAUACGUCGAGGACCAAGCGAGAAACGCAGGUAUUGUUGUGCCGCUUAUGAAUAAUGAUGCCGGAGCUGAGGGACACAACGCCCCCGGCACUGGUGAAGGUUCCGUUGAUAUCUAUGGUCACGAUUCUUAUCCUCUGGGCUUUGAUUGUGAUGCUCCUUAUACUUGGACUGCAGGAGACUUGCCUACCGACUUCUAUGAGCUCCACAUGGAACAGUCCCCGACAACACCUUAUUCUCUUGUUGAGUUCCAAGGUGGAGCCUUUGACCCCUGGGGAGGCAAUGGUUUCCUGGCUUGCUCUGAGCUCCUCAACUACCAAUUCGAAAGGGUCUUUUAUAAGAACAACUUCAGCUUCCGAGUUGCUUUCCUGAACCUCUACAUGAUCUUUGGUGGCACCAAUUGGGGAAACCUCGGUCACCCCGGAGGCUACACCUCCUAUGAUUACGGCUCUGCCAUUUCCGAGUCGAGAAACAUUACUCGCCAGAAGUACAGCGAACUCAAGCUGAUUGGAAACUUCCAAAAGGUUUCUCCAGCAUACCUGUUGACCACCCCCGGUAAUCUCAGCACCACCGCCUACACGACAAGCUCAGACAUUGCUGUCACUCCUCUUAUUGGAAGCAAUGGCUCUGCUACUUCGUUCUUUGUUGUUCGGCACUCUGAUUAUUCCAGCCAUGCUUCGGUUGAGUACAAGCUCAAGGUCCCUACCAGUGCUGGUACCCUUACCAUUCCCCAGCUAAGUGGUAGUUUGACUCUUGGUGACCGUGACUCGAAGAUCCAUGUCGUGGAUUACAAUGUGGCUGGCACAAACAUUCUAUACUCGACAGCUGAGGUGUUCACUUGGAAGGAGGUUCCAAGUGGAAAGGUUCUUGUUCUCUAUGGAGACGUCGGGGAACACCAUGAGCUUGCAAUUUCUGGUGCAUCAAGCGCCACUGUAGUAGAAGGAUCAUCAUCAGGAGUAACUUCCAAGAAAGUCGGCAAGGCAGUUGUCAUUGGCUGGGAUGUUUCCACAACUCGUCGAAUUGUUGAAAUUGGUGACCUAAAGGUCCUACUUCUGGAUCGUUACUCUGCGUACAACUACUGGGUCCCUCAAGUGUCAUCCUCAUCAGACAGCACUGGUUACAGCACACAGACUACCGUUGCUUCUUCUAUCAUUGUCAAGGCGGGAUACCUCGUCCGAACUGCGUACUUAUCAGGAAGUCAGCUUCAUUUGACUGCGGACUUCAACGCUACCACUGCGGUUGAAGUGAUCGGCGCCCCAUCAGCGGCUAAGACCCUUUACAUAAAUGGUCAGCAAGCCAAGUUUACCACUAAGAAUGGUAUUUGGUCCACCAGUGUCAGCUAUACCGCACCAAAGGUUGUGCUCCCAACAUUGAAGAGCCUUUCAUUCAAGUAUCUCGAUACUCUGCCUGAAAUUCAGAACACCUACGACGACUCCGCAUGGACGAAUGCGGAUCACACCUACACAAACAACUCUGUCAACCCAUUGAACACACCAACUUCUCUAUACUCAUCUGACUAUGGUUACCACACCGGAUAUCUCUUGUAUCGUGGCCACUUUGUCGCCACGGGCGUUGAAAAGUCAUUCCUUGUCCACCUACAGGGCGGAACUGCCUUUGGUGCCAGUAUCUGGCUCAACGACACCUUGGUUGGCUCAUGGGACGGAAACAGCAUUACAGAGGACUACAAUGCGACUGCGACUUUGCCCACCUUGAAAGCUGGCAAGCCAUAUGUCCUCACAAUCGUGAUCGACAACAUGGGUUUGGAUGAGGACUGGACAGUCGGCAGUGACGAGACGAAGGAUCCUCGCGGUAUCCUCAACUACACACUUACCGGCCGAGCUGCCGACGCCAUCACCUGGAAGCUGACCGGCAACCUGGGCGGUGAAAACUACCAGGACCUUAUCAGAGGUCCUCUCAACGAGGGUGGAUUGUACAUCGAGAGAGAAGGCUACCACCAGCCCUCGCCCCCAAGCAGCAACUGGGAAACCAGCAGCCCCUUCACAGGCUUCUCGAAGCCCGGUAUUGGAUUCUACAGUACAAGCUUCGACCUGGAUCUCCCGACUGGCUACGAUACCCCGCUGUACUUCAACUUCCAGAAUUCCACUUCGCCGCCGCCUUCUUAUCGGGUGCAGCUGUAUGUCAAUGGGUACCAGUACGGCAAGUUCGUGAACAACGUUGGUCCCCAGACCAGCUACUAUGUUCCUGAAGGAAUUCUCAACUACCAGGGUACCAACUGGUUGGGAUUGACUCUCUGGGGCGUGGAUGAUGGUGCCAAGCUGGAGGGCUUGGAGUUGGUAGCUGCACACCCUGUGCUUUCUGCCUUGACUGGCGUUGAGUCAGUAGAUCAGCCCAAGUGGCAGAAGAGAGCUGGGGCAUACUGA